AUGGCCCUCCUCUCGACGGGCCGCUACGUCGGCCUGUCCGCACUGCUGGCAGGCCUGGUGAUCUGGCACGGCUUCUCCACGCGCGAAGAGUUUUACCCUGCCGUGGUGCAUCUAUCGACUUCAAAAGUCUGCAUCGCCGUCCUCGGGAACCUGGGAUUCGCUGCCACGCUGCUCACAUACAAGUGCCUGACGCGGAUUUUCCUGGGACAGCUGCGCGAUGCGGAGCUGGAGCGCAUCAGCGAGCGCGUCUCGCAGGCGGUGGUGGAGACCUGCCUGGCCAUGACCAUUUUCCGGGAGGAUGUGUCCCCCCUCUUUAUGGCCAUGUUUGUCGUGGUAUCCUUCCUCAAGAUCUUCCACUGGCUGGUGGCAGACAGGGUGGACUUCAUCGACACCAACCCCUCCGUGCCCAUGCUCACCCAUUUCCGGCUGGUGUCCUUUAAUCUCCUCCUGCUGGCGAGUGUUGCAGCUGACGUCUGCCUGCUGCAGUACACCUUGGGCCGGACGAUGGAGCAGGGCAUCUCGCUACACUUUCUUUUCGCUUUCGAGAGUGCGGUGGCCAGCUCCACUUGCCUCGUCACCUUCAUCAAGUACUGCAUGUCAAUGACGGAUGUGGCCAUGGGAGGCAGGUGGGAGGGCAAGGGCACCGCCACCUUCUUCCUGGAGCUGACGCUGGACCUGCUGCACCUCAUCGUGUAUGCAGCCUUCUUCGCCGUAGUGUUCAGCACCCACGGCAUCCCCCUGUACCUGAUCCGUGACCUGUACUGGACGUUCCGCAAUUUCCACCAGCGCAUGCUGGACUUCCUGCGGUACCGCCGCAUCACCACCAACAUGGACGCGCGCUUUCCCGACGCCACGGCCGAGGACCUGGCCCGGGCGGACCACACCUGCAUCAUCUGCAGGGAGGAAAUGGUCGUUGGUGGCCGGACCAAGCGCCUGCCCUGCGGCCAUGUCUUCCACCUGCACUGCCUUAGGUCAUGGCUUGAGCGGCAGCAGACCUGCCCCAUCUGCCGGGCCUCUCCCCCGCUCCCCGUGCCCUGCCUGUUGUUGCCAGGCCCGGCGCCCACCUCCGACGAGACGGUGCUGGCGGCCGCCGCUGCGGCGACCAGCCUCGCGCUGGCCUCCAGCCAGACGCCGGAGGGGGAGGGCCUGGCGCCCGAGCUCGCGGCGCAGGUCGAGCGCCUGCUGGAGCUGCCGGGCAUGGCCUGCGUACUGGAGGGCGCCGCGCUGGGGCUGGAGGCGACGCUGCGCCAGCAGCAGCUCGGCCUGGCCGAGCUGCGCAGGACGCUCUGGGAAGCGGGCCGCCGCCCGGGGCCGCCGGAGUUUGAAAGCGCGCUGGAGGCGCUGCGGGACGGCGGCGGCCCGGCGCAGCUCGCCGUGCGCCCGCCCACACAUGUAUCGUGGCCCGGGCCGGGCGCGGCGAGGGGUGUGGCGGGGUGUGCGCCCGGGGCCGCACCGAGUGCGGCCGAGCCGGAGCGAGCAGCCGAGGCGCCCCUGAGUGCGCAGAGGGACGCGGAUUGGCAGCAGGAGCGGGGAUCCGCGUCCGAUGCGGAGGCGGCCGCGCGCAUGCGCCGCCCGACGGAGCGGCGAGAUGCGGCCAUGGCCGCGGCGCAUGCGGCGCGGGGGGACGCAGCGGUGCAUGGGGACGUGACCCAGCAGCCUUCUCAGGCGACGGGUGGCGUCCAGCACGCCCGAGCGGAGGCCGGCGAAGUCUCGGAGGAGGUCGCGGAGCUGCGUCGGCGCCGGCUGGCACGCUUCAGGGCGGAGGCGCGUGCCCAGGAUGCCUGA